AUGGCAUUCCCUGAGCCAAAGCCGCGGCCCCCGGAGCUGCCGCAGAAACGGGUGAAGACGCUGGACUGCGGGCAGGGGGCGGUGCGAGCCGUGCGGUUUAAUGGUGAGCGCCUUCUUCGUUCCGGAUUCUCCCACUCCCCGCCUCCUGAGAUCCGCGGCCAUGUAACCCCUGCCUGGUGUUCCCCAGUGGAUGGCAAUUAUUGCCUGACGUGCGGCAGCGACAAGACCCUGAAGCUGUGGAACCCGCUGCGAGGGACGCUACUGCGGACGUACAGCGGCCAUGGCUACGAGGUGUUGGACGCGGCCGGCUCUUUUGACAACAGUAGUCUCUGCUCUGGAGGCGGAGACAAAGCCGUGGUGCUGUGGGACGUGGCGUCGGGGCAGGUCGUACGCAAAUUCCGGGGCCACGCGGGGAAGGUGAAUACCGUACAGUUUAACGAAGAGGCCACAGUGAUCCUGUCUGGCUCUAUCGAUUCCAGCGUCCGCUGUUGGGACUGCCGCUCGAGGAAGCUUGAGCCAGUGCAGACACUUAAUGAGGCCAGGGAUGGCAUAUCCAGUGUGAAAGUGUCAGACCAUGAAGUCCUGGCAGGCUCCGUGGACGGCCGAGUGAGGCGUUAUGACCUGAGGAUGGGGCAUCUCUUCUCAGACUACGUGGGCAGCCCUAUCACCUGCAUCUGCUUCAGCCGGGAUGGCCAGUGCACCCUGGUGUCCAGCCUGGACUCCACACUGCGGCUUCUGGACAAAGACACAGGGGAGCUGCUGGGCGAGUACACAGGACAUAAGAACCAGGAGUACAAGCUAGACUGCUGCUUGAGUGAGCGUGACACGCACGUGGUCAGCUGCUCUGAGGAUGGGAAGGUGUUCUUUUGGGACCUGGUAGAGGGUGCACUGGCGCUGGCCCUGCCUGUGGGAUCUGGUGUGGUUCAGUCACUGGCCUUCCACCCCACCGAGCCCUGCCUGCUGACUGCCAUGGGGGGCAGCAUCCAGUGCUGGCGGGAAGAGGCCUAUGAGGCUGAAAGUGGAGCAGGCUGA